GUUUGGAGGCAUGUAUUCCCUAAAAUUUGAUGUGGUAGUAUUCAUUUUGACAAUAAAAUUAAAUAGUGUACUUAGCUCUAAGGAAGAUAGUUCCUAUUGGUUUGAUUUGGGAAAGAACGACAUCAACAACGCCCUCAAUAAACCAGUUAUACAGGGUACUGCUAAAAAUGUCAUUCUAUUUGUUGCUGAUGGGAUGGGAAUUACCACUACCACAGCCGCACGAAUUUAUUCGGCAACUGAGUCUGGUUACUUAGCUUUUGAACAGUUUCCACAUGUAGGAAUUCUCAAGACUUACAACGCAGACAAACUAGUUCCGGACUCGGCAAGUACGGCUACUGCUCUUUUUUCCGGCAUAAAAACUAAUUACAAAACGUCGGGGGUAGAUUCUUCUGUGAAAUUAAACGAUUGCGAAGCUUCUCUUAAACCGGAAGCCAGAAUUGAUGGUUUAAUCAAAUGGGCUCAAGAUGCUGGCAAAUCUACAGGAUUCGUAACCACCACGCGCGUUACUCACGCAACUCCUAGUGCGCUGUAUGCUCAUAUUCCUAACCGAGGUUGGGAAUGCGAAAGCACCAUACCUGAUGACUCAAAAAAAUGUAAAGAUAUAGCAAGACAACUUGUAGAAGACGAACCUGGAAAGAACAUUAAUGUGAUUAUGGGCGGUGGACGACAGUGUCUUCAGUCGAACACUAAAGAUUUACCAGGCGAUCCAGUAGAUACGUGGGCUUGUUUCAGUAAAGACGGCCGUGAUUUAAUUAAAGACUGGAUACAAGACAAAAAAGGACGUGAUAAGACUUAUGCAGUCGUCCAAAAUAAUGAACAACUCAACAGUGUGAAAUCUUCUACAGAAUUCGUAUUAGGAAUUUUUGCUAAUGGACACAUGGCAAUGGACUACGCUCGCAAUAAAUCUCCAAAGGGAAUGCCAUCUUUAUCUAACAUGACUCAAAAAGCAAUAGAACUACUACAUAAUAAUCCAGAGGGUUAUUUACUGGUGGUUGAAGGUGGUCUUAUUGAUUAUGCUCAUCAUAGAGGCCAUGCGAGACAAGCUUUAGAUGAAACAGUAUCAUUCAGUGAUGCGAUUCGUGUAGCUUUAGAAAAAACGGACCCGCAAGAAACUUUAAUUGUUGUCACUAGUGAUCACUCACAUUCGCUUGUCUUCACUGGUUAUCUUUCACGUGGUUCCAAUGUGCUAGAUGUUGCUCAAGAAUCUGUGUUAGACAAGAUUCCUUAUACAUCUUUAUUAUACGGGACCGGCGGUCCAAAUAACUAUCAAUACUCUUCAAUUAAUGGUACAGUUUCUCGUGCUGAUCCCUCAAUCAACGAUACCAGAGAUUACCAGUAUUCUCAACAGGCUGUUGUGUUAACUGAUGAGGUCACGCAUGGCGGAAGCGAUGUUUUAGUCUACGCCAAAGGACCAAUGGCUCAUUUAUUUCAUACUGUUCAUGAACAAACCUAUGUUGCCUAUGUCAUCAGUUAUGCAGCCAAGAUGGGUCAAUUUAAAAAUAACAGCCAAAGAAUAAUUGUUCCCAGUAUGUUCUUGGUGUUGAAUAUGUUAUUAAUGGGCAUUUCAAUUUAAUGUCGUGUUACUUAAGUUUUUAAUAAAAUGAAUGUACAAAAAGUUU